AAAAUAAAAAUGGUGUUAAUUUAACAAUUGUGUGUGCAGCAAAAAUUUGCAAACGAAAUUAUUUAAAGUCAGCAAAAUGCUGUGCUAGAAAAAAGUGUGUACAAAUAUAUGCAUGUAUAUGACACACACAUAUGUACAUAUGUACAUCUAUACUUUGUACGUCUUCAAGCAAUUUCACAGCCAAGCCUGUGUUUUUGAUUUAGCUAAGAAAGCUCUCCUCGCUUAACUCUCUUCUAAAUACGUGCAUACAUACGUACGUACGUACUCCCAAAACCACGUUUGUGCAUUCGUAUGUACGUGAAUUAAAACUUUAAAGAAAAAAGGUGUGGUUGUGUCGUCGCCGUUUUGGUGUGCUCUCUGCUUCAAGCCAUUGGAAAACUUCACUUGAAUUGGCUGGGGACUAUUUCGUCUUGUGUAUUUCUGCUGGCGUUGCUAAGUAUUUGGCAGCUAGAGUCUUGGGCUUCAAAUUUGACUAUAUUGAGCGGGAGUGGAAAAAACAAUGUCUUAAAGCAUUAUUGGCUGCUUGCAGUUAGCUUCCUAGAGUGAGUGACCCUCAUCGGUUGACAACACACGCGCGCCAUCGCGGAAACAUUACGAAUACAUACUUUGUUGCCAGCUAAUGAGCAGCAGCAAACUUGCAUAAGUGUACAGAUACAUAUGUAAAUAAAUGCAACUUUGAUAAAAAAAAAGCUCAAAAGCAAAAUAUUUAAAAAUUUGUGUAACAUUGUAAAAGUUCUGUGUGUAAAAGGUGUUAAAUUAUAAAAGAAAAUAACGAGCUUCAAGCUCGCCAUUGUCAUAAUAUAAGCCCACACUCAAAACCAAAUAUAAAUACUACAAAACACAAAAAUGUCCAAGCCAAAGCCCAUGGAGAUGUCCAAUAUGGAUGUGGAUUUCCACGAGCGCAAAGCAGAGCCCUUUCGGUUGGGCAGAUUCCUGUACAACUCCGAAGAGGGUACUGUGAUGGGACGUGAUCGCACUUCGUGGGCAAAGAUCGGCAUAUUCUACACAGUCUUCUAUGGCGUGUUGGCCGCACUAGUGGCCAUUUGUAUGUGGGUCUUCUUUCAAACGCUUGAUCCGCGCAUACCCAAAUGGACCUUGGAUAGUUCCAUAAUCGGCACAAAUCCAGGUCUUGGAUUCCGCCCUUUACCGCCAGCGGACAAUGUGGAAAGUACACUGAUUUGGUACAAAGGCACGCAGCACGAGAACUACAAGCACUGGACCGAUUCGUUGGAUGAUUUCUUGGCAGUCUACAAAGUGCCUGGCUUAACACCUGGCCGCGGUCAGAACAUCUACAACUGUGACUACAAUCAACCGCCACCAAAGGGACAAGUUUGCGAUGUGGACAUUAAAACGUGGGAGCCUUGCACUAAGGAGAAUAACUACAGUUAUCACAAGAGUUCACCAUGUGUAUUCUUGAAAUUGAAUAAAAUUUAUGGCUGGAUACCUGAAUUCUAUAAUGAUUCAAAGGAUUUGCCGGUUAAUAUGCCAACGAGCUUGAAAACUUACAUCGCUGAAAUUGAAACAUCGCAAAGUCACAAGUUGAACACCAUUUGGGUCUCAUGCCAGGGCGAGAACCCCGCAGAUGAAGAGAAUAUUGGUCCAGUCAACUACUUGCCAAUUCGUGGCUUCCCCGGAUAUUUUUAUCCCUAUCAGAACUCAGAGGGUUACCUCAGUCCGCUCGUGGCUGUGCACUUCGAGCGACCGAAGCGCGGCAUCAUCAUCAAUGUCGAAUGCAAGGCAUGGGCACGCAACAUCAUCCACGAUCGCAAGGAGAAACUAGGUUCCGUACAUUUUGAGUUGCUGAUCGAUUAACAGAGUGUGGGCAAGAUUUUUAAUAUUUACAACGUUUAAAAACCACCAACGCGUUCGCGAACGAUGGUCACAUACUACGAAGGCGCACAUAAAUACACACCACACAAAGCGCAAGUGCGAGUAGCAUAGAUUUUCAGCAUUAUUGUAAAACAUAAAAAUUUAUACAUAAACACAUACAUAAGUAUAACUAUUAAAAAUUAAGGAGCUAUGCAGUCGAACGAUUACUCUCUAUUAUAUACAUAUAAAAAAAUAUGAAAAAAAAAAACAUAAAACACACACAUGCAUACCGAAAUUUGUAAGAUAAUUAAUGGGUUCUAUGUAUAUUUAUGAAAAUUGCUGCUGUAUAUUUUUUUAAUUUAAUUUAUCAACUUUAUUGCUGUUAGUUUAUGUGUUUUCUGUUUGUUUAUCUUUUAAGUUGAUUAUGUCAUUACAUAUGUGUAAGAAAAAGAAAAAAAAAAGAGGAAAACAAAUUAUAGUACAUAACCAAUGCGUUAUACCAAAUGAUUGCAUGUAAUUUUUUAGUCUACUUUGAACAACUUUGUCCCUAUAUCCAGUACAUACACUAUAUGCCACAUAUGGGAGAAGUAUGUAGAUACAUACAUACAUGAAAUAAUUUACAAUCUUUCGACAAUCCUAACUUCUUCUAGACAAAUCGUGAAACUUUAAAUGAAGUACAUACAUAUAGUUACAUAAUUAUAAGUAAAAUCACAAUCUUGGUUGUAUAAACAUAGCGGGCAUUUUAAAUAUACAUGCGUACAUAUAUAAACGGACACUAAAUAGUAUGUGUAGUCUCCUCUAAAAAUCUAAAGUAUGUAGCUCCAUCCUCGGUAACACAACCAAAGUAGAUAUAAAUAAAUAAAUGUAUGUAAAACAUGGUUACAUACAUAUAAUAGACAAA